CUAGUCGUAUACGCACUUUGUUCGUGGGCAGUCGUCGCCGCUGUUCUCGCCGCUGAAUUGCCGUCGUCGAUCCGUCGUACCGCUUUGCGUUUUGCGUUUAGCGUUUUGCGCCUUGCGCUUCUGCGUUCUUGCGUCGAGCUGAGUGAUCCGUCGCGGACUAGAAAGUGAUUCGUUGUGAUCCGAUCUGAUCCGAUUUGAUUUGAUUUAAUUUGAUUUGAAUUGAUUUAUUUGAUUCGCAACACGGAGUUGAAAAUCGUGAAAAUCGACAAAGAAUAUGCACAGCCAGAAAUCGAAGUGAUACAAGAAAGCAAUUCCGAGUGAGUUGAGUUGCUAACAAGUUGAGUGUCAGUGCUGAGAAAAGUGCCUCCUCGCCAGCUGAAAGGAUUUACGCGCUCGACAGUUCCGCCAAACUGAACUGAAGCCAAGACAUUGUGUCCUAGCAAUACCACAAGUCGACAACUCCACAAGUCCACCAUCCAACCACACACACUCCAACUGUGCAAGUAUAGCUGAUCAUUGCCAUCGGAUCGCUGCGAACUUCCUUCCCGCGCGCAUCCCCCUGAACAGCCGUCAAAAUUCUUGAUAAAGUGGCCUCAAUAGGCGCCAACACGCUCAAUUUCACGGACCUAGGGAGCCCCUACGAGGGGCCUCCCAGCACCCCCCAGUCCGGCAUGGACGCCCCCGACGCGCCGCACACGCCCAAGUACAUGGACGGCGGGAACACGGCGGCCAGCGUCACGCCCGGCAUCAACAUCCCCGGAAAGUCCGCCUUCGUGGAGCUGCAGCAGCACGCCGCCGCCGGGUACGGCGGCAUCCGGAGCACCUAUCAGCAUUUCGGACCGCAGGGCGGCCAGGACUCCGGCUUCCCCAGUCCGCGCAGCGCCCUCGGCUACCCGUUCCCGCCAAUGCACCAGAACUCCUACUCCGGCUACCACCUGGGCAGCUACGCCCCGCCCUGCGCCAGUCCACCGAAGGAUGACUUCUCCAUCUCCGACAAGUGCGAGGACUCCGGCCUCCGCGUCAACGGCAAGGGCAAGAAGAUGCGCAAGCCCCGCACCAUCUACAGCUCGCUGCAACUGCAGCAGCUCAACCGCCGCUUCCAGCGCACCCAAUACCUGGCCCUGCCGGAGCGGGCGGAGCUGGCGGCGAGUCUGGGCCUCACGCAAACGCAGGUGAAAAUCUGGUUCCAGAACCGACGCUCCAAGUACAAAAAGAUGAUGAAGGCGGCCCAAGGCCCGGGCACCAACAGCGGCAUGCCCCUGGGCGGCGGAGGACCCAAUCCCGGCCAGCAUAGCCCCAAUCAAAUGCACAGUGGCGGUAAUAACGGCGGUGGCUCGAACAGCGGCUCACCCUCACAUUAUCUACCUCCCGGACACAGUCCAACGCCAUCGAGUACACCCGUGUCCGAGCUUUCACCUGAAUUCCCACCAACGGGCCUCAGUCCGCCGACGCAAGCGCCGUGGGACCAGAAACCGCACUGGAUCGACCACAAGCCGCCGCCCCAAAUGACGCCACAACCACCUCAUCCAGCGGCAUCGCUUCAUCCGCAGACGCACCACCACAACCCGCCGCCCCAGAUGGGUGGCUAUGUGCCCCAGUACUGGUACCAGCCCGAGACGAAUCCAUCACUAGUGACUGUCUGGCCGGCGGUCUAACAGCAUCCGAACCAGCUGCCCUCGGGUGCCUGGACGCAGCACCAGCUGAGCCUGGAGCAGCAGCACCAGUCCCUUCACCAGCACUCCUGCCAGGAGCUGGGGCACCAACUGCAGCUGGAGCAGAUCGAGCAGCUCGAGCAGCAGCACCAGGCCCAGAUGGAGGCCCAGGCGGAGGCCCAACACCUUCUCCAGCGGCAGGACCUCGCUGGCAGGGCCUUCGGGGGCGGGGCAGUGCAGCACACGAUAUCUUAGCCAAUAAACCAUGAUAGCAACCUGUAAAAUAUCCAUAAACUGAUAAACUGUGUCGAGACAGAAGCAAAGAAGCAAGAGCACUGGCAAGUUAAGCGUAAAGUUUUGUACAUUUGAACCGUAAUAUAAAUACAGUAUGUUUACCAACGUGAAUAAAGUCGUUCUAAAAUGUAGUCUAGCUAAGAAGAAAUCGAAAAACAAACACAAACAAAAAUCAAACACAAAAAGAAAAGAAAAACAAAAAAAUACUUAAAGCAGAGAACAUUCCUCAAUCACAGAAGCAAGAAGAGAGAGAGAGAGAGAGAGAGAGAGAGAGAGAGUAUGAAACGUGUCCUUUAAUUUUGUUUAAUUUAGCAAAUUAACUAUGUAUAAACCUAUCUAUAUGAACGUAACUAUAUGUAGUGAGCAACAACAAAGUAUAAAUCGUAAAGAGUACAUCUACAUCGUAAAUAAAUGAAAUCAAACAAA